CCCCGCCAGCCCUAGGCCGGACGCCUUCCCCGCACAUAGGCCCCGCCCCAGCCAGUAAGCCUCGCCCCGCAAGCAUGCUCCGCCCACCCGGGCCAGCAUUUGGCGAGACUCCCUCUGGGCUCCCAGGCCCCGCCCCACUCCGCCUCCUGCAGCCCUGCAGCCCUGCCGCCCUGCAGCCCUGCCGCUCGGCUGCCCCGUCCUCUCGGCCUGGUGUGCAGAGCCUCACCAUGAGCUCGUCCGCCGCCAGCCCGCUCUUCGCGCCCGGCGAGGAUUGCGGCCCCGCGUGGCGCGCGGCUCCCGCGGCCUAUGACGCGUCCGACACGCACCUGCAGAUCUUGGGCAAGCCGGUGAUGGAGCGCUGGGAGACCCCCUACAUGCAUGCGCUGGCGGCGGCCGCCGCCUCCAGAGGGGGUCGUGUCCUGGAAGUGGGCUUUGGUAUGGCUAUUGCGGCCUCCAGGGUGCAGCAGGCCCCCAUAGACGAACACUGGAUUAUUGAGUGCAAUGACGGGGUCUUCCAGCGUCUACAAGACUGGGCCCUGCGACAGCCUCACAAGGUUGUUCCCUUGAAAGGCCUGUGGGAGGAGGUGGCGCCUUCACUACCUGAUGGCCACUUUGAUGGGGUCCUGUAUGACACAUACCCACUGUCUGAGGAGACCUGGCACACUCACCAGUUCAACUUCAUCAAGAACCACGCUUUCCGCUUGCUGAAGCCAGGGGGCAUCCUCACGUAUUGCAACCUCACGUCCUGGGGGGAGCUCAUGAAAUCCAAGUACACAGACAUCACCACCAUGUUUGAGGAGACCCAGGUGCCUGCACUGCAGGAGGCAGGCUUCCGGAGAGAGAACAUCCGCACAGAGGUGAUGGCGCUGGUGCCGCCGGCAGACUGCCGUUACUACGCCUUCCCCCAGAUGAUCACACCCCUGGUCACCAAGCACUGAGCAACCGGCCCAGAACUGGAAUGCGCCUGUGUCCUCUGCAGUGCCUUGGUGGCUGGAGUGUGGGCUGCAGCCUCAGCUCUCCCUGCAGUCCCUGCUGCCUUCCCAGAGCUCAGGGGUAAAAUAAAAGCUCAUAGGAGGA